CUUAUUCUAGGAUGCUAUGAGGUUAAAGGGAGCUAAUGCAUUAGUUAAAGAUGGUGAUUUUCUGCGUAUGCGUUGUUGUGGUGACAUCGUGAAUAUGCUUGUAAAAGACAGUAUGGAGCAUGCAAGUGAUAGUAUCGAUGCUGUUCAGAAUGCGGUAAAAUAUGUGCAGUCAUCCUUAUCAAGAUUAAAGUCAUUCGAGUUUCGUAUAGAGACGGGAAAGGUUCCUAAAGGCAACUUGUCAUUGGAUUGUGUUACUGAGUGGAAUUCGACGUAUCUUAUGUUGGUAGCUGCACUUAAGUUACGGGUAGCUUUUGAGAAGAUGUUGGGUGAGGACAAGCUUUAUGGUGAAUAUUUUCUUGAAUUAGAGGAGGAGACUGGAGAAAAACGGGUUGGACCGCCAGUUUCAGCUACUUGGGAUGAAGUGAAAAGGUUGGUAAAAUUUCUCGGAAUCUUUUUCAGUUGUACCGUGGGAUCUUCAGAAUCUAAAUCAGCAGCUUCUUCAAAUGGUUACAGUGAGAUUGCCACUAUUGAUUGGAAUCUAAUCAAAUUAACUAACAGCGUUGACGAAGAAGUACGGAGACAAGCAACAAGUAUGAGGGACAAGUUUGAGAAGUACUGGGAUGGGUUGAUCAACAUAAAUCCACUUGUUAUUGUUGCUAGUGUGUUUGAUCCAAGAAAGAAAAUGAAGUUUUCUUCACUUUGCUUUGACAUGCUCCAUGGUAAAGAUAGUUUGGAAGGUAAGCAACUUACAUCGUCAAUUAGGAGCGUGAUGCGUCAUCUAUGUGAAGAGUAUAGUAUACGGCUGAAUAAACAGUCUCAAAUUGGUGAUGCUGCAACCCAAAGUGAUUCUGAUGGGUUUAUAAGUCGUGACUAUUUGUACAACGAGAUGAUUAAUGAAAUGAGAAAAGAAGAAGCAAGGAAACAGCUGGAUGAUUACUUGCUAGAAAAAGUUGAGCCAGGGGGUUUAGGAUCAGAUUAUGAUGUUUUAUCGUGGUGGGAACGUAAUAGUUCGAAAUACCCAAUCUUGUCAGAAUUGGCUAGAGAUGUUCUUGCGAUUCAAAUGUCUUCUUUUGCUCCUGAGUCCGCUUUUUGUACCAGUGGUCGAAUCUUGGACCCUUAUAGAAGUUCUUUGACUCCUUACAUUACCGAAGCCUUGAUAUGCACACAACAAUGGUUGCAGAGUUCCCUCCAGUAUGAACCACAACUUCCUAGCUUAAAGCAAAUGUUUGAAGAACUUGACUUUCAAGAGUCACUUGAUCCUUGGAAACAAUCUGAACCUGGUCACUAGAGGUACAAAACUUAUUUGUAUUGUGGAGUUUUUAAGUCUUCUGAUUUUAGUUUCCGCAUUU